UAAUGUAUUCAUGGUUUUCUGGAGUUAUCUUCUGCAUCUCUUGUUUGUGGAAAUGGGUGUUUAAGAUAACGUGACAAGCAGAUUUCAGCCAAAUAUAUCAUCAGUAGUUUCUCUUUUAAUAAUGGAAAUGGGUCCUAUUCAACUGCGCCCUGCUCUGUACAAAAAAUCUGUUUCCCCUCUCUCUGUCUCUCUCUCUCCAUCUCUGCCCCAUACCGCUUUGCUUAAGUUUUGUACUGGCACUGAUCAAAAAGCGUGAGAGCGAGAGCUCAGAGUCACAAGUAAGGAGAAGAAGAGGAAGAAGAAGAAGAAGAAGAAAGCUGAGGUCACCGCAAGUUACCGCAAAGCUUUGAUCUUUUCCUCUUUCUCUCUGUCUCACAUUCCUCGCAAGUCGCAAGAAGCAGAGCUCUCUGUUUUUUUUUGUUCUUUCCAUAUUUCUGGGGGUUGCUGUUCUUUUCUUGAAGAGGAUGCCUAGACCUGGCCCGAGACCUUAUGAAUGUGUUAGGAAAGCUUGGCACAGUGAGAGACACCAACCCAUUAGGGGUUCUCUCAUCCAUGAAAUUUUCAGAGUCGUGAACGAGAUUCAUAGCUCUUCUACUAAGAAGAACAAAGAAUGGCAAAAGAAGCUUCCUGUUGUUGUCCUGAAAGCUGAAGAAAUCAUGUACUCCAAGGCCAAUUCUGAGGCAGAGUACAUGGAUCUUGAAACGCUUCUGGACCGUACAAACGAUGCUAUCAACACAAUAAUCAGACUUGAUGAGAGUACAGAAACUGGAGAGCUACUUCAGCCAUGCAUUGAAGCUGCCCUUACUCUCGGCUGCACGCCGAGAAGAGCCUCGAGGAGCCAAAGGAACAAUAGCCCUCAGCGAUAUCUGAGCGCGAAUUCUCAAGAACAGACCGGUGAUCCUCAUGGCAUUAUGAAGAAGUCUAGUUCCGGAAAUCAGACAAUUAUAUCAGACCCGGUUUUGUUUUAUCCAAAUCAUUCAAGACUUGAGUCUAUUACAUCAGCUAAACCGGACUACACAUCUUUUAUCCGUGCUGUGAACCGGGCGUCACCCACUCAAGCUCACCCAGCAUCAAAACCGUACUCGGUUUAUCCCUUGUAUUAUCACGGUAGUCGCCCACAACCCGAAAGAAAUCUAUCCCAUUUUGGACCACUGUGCUCCCGGUCCAACUCCGUGGGAAAUUGUCAAAGCCAUCCAGUUGAAAACUUAGAUGCAUCAGCAAUAUUCAAGCCACCACCUGAGAUCGUGUGCGAUUUGUCUUUGCGAUUGGGCCCUCAUUUGGUCGAAGGCAUUGGUGCCGAAAAAAGUCAGCCGCGAGAGAUUGUAGACAUGGGCUGUAAUAGUGCUCGGGAAGCAAGCAUAUUUUGUGACCAAAGACUGAGAAGAGACUGCAAGCUUCCAUUCUUACGCUGGGAAAAUGCGGAUCAUCCAUCUACCAUAUUCUCGACCAAAAGGAGUUUCCAGCGUGAGCAAUUAAAAGUAGACCAGCCUGUGAGAAAGAAGAGUGCUCUUUGUGGUUAUUAUGUGGAGGAUCACCAGUGUUGUUGGCACCCAAAGCAUCCACUUAAGCAUAAUGAUGAAACAUUGAGAAGCUCAGGUUUGUAGAUCGAUCGAUCUCGGUGUAUGCGGCUUAAAUCUUCUGCGAAGAGCUAGCUGAAUGUGUAGUUGCAAAUGAACCUGCUAGUUUCGUUAGGAUCAGUAUAGUGCUGAUGUGUAUACUGAACUUGGUCUUUUGGUAAGCUCCUGACUAAGCAUGGUUGUACGAAUUAGCAUGCAUUAGCUAUGCACCCUUAGCGAACAAAUCUGAUGAAAGUUGUCUUCUGAUGAGUUUUGCCAUCAGAUGAUUAACUGUGACUAGGCGUAGCAGCUGAAUGUACUUUGAAACAACGGUUUAUCUUUAAAGAGGUAGAUUAUGUGGGGGAACAUAUGAAACA